AUACAGACAUCAGUAGUGCUUUCCUGUCUAGCUUGACUUCCUGAUUUAUUUUGUGUUUUUCGUUAAAAUUUUAACUGUAUUUUCAUCAAAUUUAAACGCUUCUUGAUAUAUAUACACAUACUUUUCCUUACUAUAUAUUCGACUUAAUAACAGGGCACUGUGUAUCAAGGAAAUAGAAGGACUACACAAAUGGAUCAUUUUCAAUCGGCGUUUAUUUUAUUGAUUUUCCAAAGUCUCGCGGGUAAGACAUGGUUCUGCUUUGCAUCCCAGACGUGUAAGACGAACGAUAUUAAGACCGCGGUGUUGUUGAAUCGUGAAACUCAGACGGACCUCAAAGAACACAAAAUGGAAAUGGAUCAACGGCUCAACGAUUUGCAGCAGGCGUUAACUGACAUGAGUGGAAAGUUAAAGAAAACCGAGGAAGAACUUUUACAUCAAAAACGAACUCUGGCAGCGACUCGAGUGCAAUUGGCUGAUGUUGAAACAAAUCUGACUGAUACGACCACAGAAGCUGCUGAGCUGAGAAUGAAAAUGAUUGAAAACGAACAGGAACUGGCUUGGCUGAAAGAUCAACAAGCUAACAGCAGUGCUGUUACUACUAGUGGAGGCCCCCCUGUAUACUUCCUUGUUCAUUCCCCGCUUUCAUUGACAUACAAAUCUGGCGAAAUUGUACGCUACGGGACCAUUUUAUAUUCGCAUGGUGGGAAUUAUAGUUCCACUACCGGAAAGUAUACCGUACCACAUACUGGUCUAUACGCGUUCUCACAUCAAGUUUGUUCCAACAGCAAUGCUCAUCACUACUUCAGCAUCAUGAAGGAAGGACAAAGCAUCCUUCCAACAGAGGUUUUUAAUGCAGCAGAUCAUCCGACUUGCUCAUCGGCAUCCGCGUACGUUUAUGUACAGUUGAACGAAACUGUUUGGAUCGAAAGCAUAUACGCGGGGUAUCCAAUGAACAUUGUGUCACAUAAUAGUUAUUAUCGUACAUCGUUUUCGGGUGCUUUAGUACAUAGGUAUGCAUAAUCAUGCGCCCUUUUCUCCUGCUCAAACAAGGCAAACUUCUACUAAACAUCAGUAGAUAUUUAACACAUGUAAUAAGUGUAUUAUAGAUAUAAAUAUUCUAAGAUUAUAUAAUUGACCUUAUGGGAACUAGCCACCAGUUUCCGAUUUCAAUAGUCAGCCAAAAGAACCCGAUAAUUUAUUUGCCAGCUGAAAGUAUUUGCAAGUGUAGAUAAAAUGGAAACAGGGUUAGUACGUUUUUUUGUUUUCAACAUCGACAAAAAAUUAUACUUCUUGCUCAGUAUAUUAACCUUUUCCUGAUAAAAAACAUAUUUAUAUAUUACAAUUUAUAUUGUUUUACAAGACAAAUUAAGAGAAACCGGAAUAAAAGUCAGUUAUUCGUUUUAUGAAUAAGGGGAUUUUUAAUACCAUAAUAAUAACUAUAUAAACGUACCAAAGUAUCAUAAAGUAUUGUGAUUAACUUCAUGUUUUUUUAUUAUUGUAAAAGGGAAAUCAUACAGUCAAGUUGAAUUCCAAAAUAGUAAUGCUACAGGCUUGUUUAAAUUUAUAUUAACUAUAUACUCCAAUUAUCCAUUGAAAGCUACAAAGUUCAACAAACUAUUUGACCAAAAAGUGUGAAAAUUUUGUGUUUUGUAUACUGUGACAUGUGAAUAUGCUACUUAACAGCUCCUUAUUGACUAUAUCGCCGUCACCAGCUUCCACCAAUGUUUUUUUUUAUAUCUUAAUUAUCUUGUUGUGCAAUGUUCUAUAAAAAAUCAAUAUAUUUUAGCUUAAUAAAGUAUUUGUAUGCUA